AUGGCGCACACCCUUGCCCAGGCCCGCGCGUGGAAUUCCACCCUCAAGACCGCUCGUCCUGAGCUGACUGCCCUCUUUGUGGGCGGUACCAGUGGUAUUGGACGCAGCACCGCGGUCAGACUGGCAGAUUCCAUUGCCAAACCGACCAUAUACAUCGUUGGCCGGAAUGAGAAGGCAGGUGCUGAGGUUCUCGAGGAGAUGAAGGCAGCCAACGAGAAUGGUUCUUAUCACUUCAUCCCUGCAGACGUGUCCGAUCUUCGCACGGUGGACAAGGUUUGUCAGGACCUGAAGUCCAAGGUCAAAGCUCUAGACCUCUUGUUCCUCAGUUCUGGAGGUGUCACAUUCAGCAAGCAGGAGACCGACGAUAAGAUUGACAUUUACCAUAUCCUUCGGUAUUACAGCCGCAUGCGCUUCGUAUAUAAUCUGCUCCCGACUCUUGAAGCCGCCAACAGCCCUCGCGUGGUCAGCAUUCUCGCGGGAGGUCAGGAAAUCAAAAUCGAAGAAGACAACUUAGAUCUUCAAAAAGAGUUUUCAUUCUCCGCCAGCUUGGGUUAUCCAACUUCCAUGACAUCUCUCGCAUUUGAGACCCUCGCUUCGGAGCACCCUUCUGUCAGCUUCCUUCACGUCUUCCCGGGUGUUGUUGCGACACCUUUGUUUAGCAAAACCUUGGGAUCCAUUCUCGGAACUAUCGUUAGCUUCCUCGCUAAGCCAUUCAUCAUCUCUAUGGCUGAUUCUGGGGAGUGGCAGACUUACCUCGCCACCUCUGCGGAGUAUCCCUCCAAGAAAGACUCCACUGAUGCAUCCGCCGCGGGUUACUACAUUCUUAAUCACGACGGAAAGGAUUCGACCAACAAGGCCUUGAUGGAGGAGUUGCGAGAGAAGGGUUUCCCUGCUAUUGUUUGGAAACACACCCUCGACACCUUCGAUCGGAUUUGCAAUUAA